UGGUAAAGGAACGGCCGCUUCCGGUUCACCGCUUAACUGAGGGGCGCGUCCUAGUGGCGGCUGCAGCCAGGUGAUAUCCUGUCUCGGUGUCGGAGGACCCGCCUUGGCACGGCCGAGCUCGGUCCGGCCUUGCGGUAAGCCUUCGGUCUCGGCUGCGCACUGGUCCUGGUGACGGCAAACAGACGAGUGGAUAAGCGGGCGCCAGGGUCUGAGGCGGCCUCUCAGUCCCGCCGCUGGCUCCGCGCCCUGGGUCGGACACCGCUCCCUCCGUCAUCUGGUCCCCUUCCAUUCCCCGCCUGUCUGGCUGAGGAAAGAUGACAGCCAUCAAGCAUGCGUUACAAAGAGACAUUUUUACACCAAAUGACGAGCGCCUGCUGAGCAUCGUAAAUGUCUGCAAAGCAGGAAAAAAGAAAAAGAACUGUUUCUUGUGUGCCACAGUGACAACUGAACGGCCCGUGCAGGUGAAGGUGGUCAAAGUCAAGAAGUCUGAUAAAGGAGAUUUCUACAAAAGGCAGAUUGCUUGGGCCCUUCGAGACCUUGCUGUGGUGGAUGCCAAAGAUGCCAUCAAAGAAAAUCCUGAAUUUGAUUUACAUUUUGAAAAAAUAUAUAAAUGGGUUGCCAGCAGCACUGCUGAAAAGAAUGCAUUUAUUUCAUGCAUUUGGAAAUUGAAUCAGCGAUAUCUCCGGAAGAAAAUUGAUUUUGUCAAUGUUAGCUCACAGCUUUUGGAAGAACUGCCUAAAGUUACAGAAGAGCAACAGCUACAUCAGGUAUGGAAAAAAGAAUCUGUUCCAAGUGGAGAAAAUCAGAGUGUGACAGGAGGUGAUGAAGAAGCGGUAGAUGAAUACCAAGAGUUAAAUGCAAGAGAAGAGCAGGAUAUUGAAAUAAUGAUGGAAGGCUGUGAAUAUGCAAUCUCUAAUGCUGAGGCCUUUGCAGAAAAGUUGUCCAGAGAACUACAGGUGCUAGAUGGGGCCAACAUCCAGUCAAUCAUGGCCUCUGAAAAACAAGUGAACAUCCUGAUGAAGUUGCUGGAUGAGGCUCUGAAGGAGGUAGAUCAGAUCGAAUUGAAACUAAGCAGUUAUGAGGAAAUGCUCCAAAGUGUAAAAGAACAAAUGGAUCAGAUCUCUGAAAGCAACCACCUAAUUCAUCUUAGUAACACUAAUAAUGUAAAACUCCUGUCUGAGAUAGAGUUCCUUGUGAACCACAUGGACUUGGCCAAAGGUCAUAUAAAGGCCCUUCAGGAAGGAGAUCUUGCUUCUUCUAGAGGCAUCGAGGCCUGCACCAAUGCUGCUGAUGCCCUUUUGCAGUGUAUGAAUGUAGCUCUUCGACCAGGCCAUGACAUGCUUUUGGCAGUCAAACAACAACAACAGCGUUUCAGUGAUUUGAGAGAGCAUUUUGCUCGGAGACUGGCCAGUCACCUCAACAAUGUUUUUGUUCAACAGUUUACUCAGGCCCUCCUUCAACUCUAUAACAGGUCCUACUUUCUUUCGGUUCCUGGUCAUGAUCAGAGUUCAACUCUUGCUCAACACUCUAUUGAACUGACUUUACCCAAUCAUCAUCCAUUUCAUAGAGACUUGCUCCGAUAUGCCAAGCUGAUGGAGUGGCUAAAGAGUACAGAUUAUGGCAAAUAUGAGGGACUAACAAAGAAUUACAUGGAUUAUUUAUCCCGACUGUAUGAAAGAGAAAUCAAAGACUUCUUUGAAGUUGCAAAGAUCAAGAUGACUGGAACAACUAAAGAAAGCAAGAAGUUUGGACAGAGAAGACUAUCUUUAAUGGGUCUUCAUGGAAGUUCUGGGAAAUUAACUGGAUCUACUUCUAGUCUAAAUAAACUCAGUGUUCAGAGUUCAGGGAAUCGCAGAUCUCAGUCAUCUUCUCUGUUGGAUAUGGGAAACAUGUCUGCCUCUGAUCUCGAUGUUGCUGACAGAACCAAAUUUGAUAAGAUCUUUGAACAGGUACUAAGUGAACUGGAGCCCCUAUGUCUGGCAGAACAGGACUUCAUAAGUAAAUUUUUCAAACUGCAGCAACAUCAAAGUAUUCCUGGAACUAUGACUGAAACAGAGGACCUGGAUGGAGGAACAUUAACACGGCUACAUAAUUCUGGCGCAUCGCUGCCUGUUUCAUCUGAGAAAGAUAUGAUCCGCCAAAUGAUGAUUAAAAUAUUUCGCUGCAUUGAGCCAGAACUGAACAACCUAAUUGCAUUAGGAGAUAAAAUUGAUAGCUUUAAUUCCCUUUACAUGCUAGUCAAGAUGAGUCAUCAUGUGUGGACUGCACAAAACGUGGACCCUGCUUCUUUUCUAAGUACUACAUUGGGAAAUGUUUUGGUGACUGUCAAAAGGAACUUUGACAAAUGCAUUAGUAAUCAAAUAAGGCAAAUGGAAGAAGUAAAGAUCUCAAAGAAAAGUAAAGUAGGAAUUCUUCCAUUUGUUGCUGAAUUUGAAGAAUUUGCUGGACUCGCAGAAUCAAUUUUUAAAAAUGCUGAGCGUCGUGGAGAUCUAGAUAAAGCAUAUACCAAACUCAUCAGAGGAGUGUUUGUUAAUGUGGAGAAAGUAGCAAAUGAAAGUCAGAAGACACCCAGGGAUGUGGUUAUGAUGGAAAACUUCCACCAUAUUUUUGCAACUCUUUCUCGUUUGAAAAUCUCAUGUCUAGAAGCUGAAAAAAAAGAAGCCAAGCAAAAAUACACAGAUCAUCUUCAGUCUUAUGUCAUUUACUCUUUAGGACAACCUCUUGAAAAACUAAAUCAUUUCUUUGAAGGCGUUGAGGCUCGAGUAGCACAGGGUAUAAGAGAGGAGGAAGUAAGCUACCAACUUGCAUUUAACAAACAAGAGCUUCGUAAAGUUAUUAAAGAGUAUCCUGGAAAGGAAGUAAAAAAAGGUCUAGACAACCUCUACAAGAAGGUUGACAAACACUUAUGUGAAGAGGAGAACUUACUUCAGGUGGUGUGGCACUCCAUGCAAGAUGAAUUUAUACGCCAGUACAAGCACUUUGAGGGUUUGAUAGCUCGCUGUUACCCUGGAUCUGGUGUUACAAUGGAAUUCACUAUUCAGGACAUUCUGGAUUAUUGCUCCAGCAUUGCACAGUCCCACUAAACCUUAUGAAAGAAAAAAAGAUAAAUGAAUAAAGCACUCUGAGUACACCAGACAUUUUACAAAAAUAUCAAGCAACUGCUUUGAGAACCCGGUCUUAAAAUUUUCUGUAUUAUUAACAUCAGAUAACUGGAUAGUCUCAUACUACAAUAUUUAAGUUCAAAAAUACCAACCUGUGUAGCAGGUUUUUUUGCCCAAUAGGUUAUGUACUAACUUAAAGCAUUUAAUCUUGUCAUAAGUUAAUUGCCUUUAGCAUUUUUCAGUGACUGAAUGGGAAAUUUUCCUUUAUUGUCUAGCUUCUUAUGUUUGAGAGUGGUUAUCCUAUGUGUAAUGCAUUGGGAGUUCUUCAGCUUUCACUUCUCUGUUGCUUACUAAUCGUGUAACUACUAAAAUAUGGUACAGAAUUGUUUUUUCCCACUGUCUAAUAUGUGUAAAUGGAUAAGGGAGCUCAUGUGAUGAUCAGUUGUAAACCUAGAUUUUGAGGAUCAUGUGACUCUGUGUAGUAUAGUAUAAGUCUGAAAUAAAGAAAUUUCCAAAAAAGUU